GCUCACCACCUGCUGUGUCGCACUCACUGGCGCGCCUGCUCUGUGGAGAUUUGUUACCUCAUACCGCUCGUUGCAUCGACAGGCCUAGGAGAGGAAUUCGCUCGGGAGAAAAUGGUUUGCUACGUGGUCGUGCUUGUUCUCUUCAGUCUGCUUUCGUAUCCAGGCGACGUUACGGCACAGGACAUCGACGAUCCCUGCAACAGCGAGUACGGAUGUGAAGCAGAUGGCAGCGUGACGGACCCUAGUGACUGUCGCUACUUUAUCAUCUGCGAAAAUACGGACACGAUGCACGCUAAGCGGACGAGGAUGGCCUGUCCGAACGGACUCGUCUACCGCCAGGAGACAAACUUGUGCGACUGGCCCGACAGUUUCUCCGACAUUUCUGCCAUCUGCAAUUGCGGUGAGAUGACACUGACGACACCGACGACUGCACCGGAGACGACGACGAUGAUAAUGGAAGAGACGACGACGAUGAUGAUGGAGGAGAUGACGACCAUGAUGGUAGAGACUAUGGCAGCGGAAACUGUGGCAGAAACAACUCCCUCGUGCGACACGCAGGCAGUCUGCACCGAGGACGGUAACAUUGCCGACCCGGCCGACUGCCGUUACUUCAUCAUGUGCGCGCACGUCGGCACGUCGUUCGAGAAGCAUUACCAAUACUUCUGCGGCGCCAAUCUUGUCUACGACCCAGCCGUCGACGCAUGCGCGUACGCGAGCGAAUUUGAGUUGACAGACCGUUGCAAGUGCGGCGAGUAUGACACAUCCAUGACGACGGCUAUGCCGGACGCUACCACUGACGCAGCCACCGACGCAGCCACCGACGCAGCCACCGACGCAGCCACCGACGCAGCCACUGACGCAGCUACCGAUGCGACCACCGACGCGGCUAGCGACGCUGCCACCGACGCUGCCACCGACGCAGCCACUGACGCAGCCACCGACGCCACAAUUGCACCCGAUUCGACCACAAGCAGCACCAUGUCGCCGCCCGAUCCACAGCCUCUAAUUCCAGGUCUGCCUGGCAGCUGGUCUUCCUACGACCUCCAGUUCACUCGGCAGAGCACAGAGGACUACGUGCAUUUCGUCCUCUCGUCUCCAUCCCCGACAUUCACCAUCAGCUUCUGGUUGCGAACUACGGAUACGACUCCGUCGCCUCGUCGCUUGACUGUGAUAUCGUUACGGAUAUGGGAAAGAAUGUUAUCGCUUGGCUUGGUGGACGAUACUCUACAGUUGCUUUGCGACACCUCCGGCACACACGCGAUUCCAGCACCAAUGCUACGUGACGGACACUGGCAUCUCGUUGCUUUCACUGGGAAUUGUAAUACCGGAGAUUUUGAACUAUACAUCGAUGGCAGCAUACCGUUUAUGAUUGGUCAUAUUGAUCCGAUACUCUUCCCCCCGUCCGACAGCGACGGUAAUGUAGUCGUCGGCCAGCAAAUCCAUCCCACGGAGCACGAAUUCGAUCCGCAAAACAGCUUUGUCGGCGAGCUGAGCGACCUAAACGUCUUCAACUCGCUGCUGACGCGCUUCGACGUGGCGACGUUGCGCUCCACAUGCAAGUCCGGCGCCGGCGAUCUCGCCAGUUGGUUCGACUUUAGAGCGGGCGUGCGCGGUGCCGUCCGUGUGCACCAACCGUCGGCUCUGUGCCAGUGAGCGCGCGUGCAACAACCGUUGGCAAUUUAACGUGACUGCGCGUGCAACAACCGUUGGUAAUUUAACGUGACUGAACAUGCAACAACCGCUGGCAUUUUAACGUGACUGCACAUGCAACAACCGCUAGCAAUUUAACGUGACUGAGCGUGAAAGAACCGUUGGCAAUUUAACGUGACUGCGUGUGCAACAACCGUUGGUAAUUUAACGUGACUGGACAUGCAACAACCGCUGGCAAUUUAACGUGACUGGACAUGCAACAACCGUUGGCAAUUUAACGUGACUGCGCGUGCAAAAACCGUUGGUAAUUUAACGUGACUGCACAUGCAACAACCGUUGGCAAUUUAACGUGAC